GAUUUCUGAAAAUGUUUGUUACAAACUCGCCUAAAGCACCUGCUAUCAUAUGUGAACAACCAUAUUUUUUUGAUGUAUCAUAAGUGGAGAAGAAUAUGAAUGCUGAUGGAAAGGAGACUGUUAUUUAUGAUAAAAGCUUCAAAUAAUAGAUAAGAUGGCUAUACUCCUUUAUAUUUAUUUACUUUGGCUGCUGUUUUGAAAUAAUCAACUUUAUUAUUGGAUGCCUAGAUUCUGGUCUUUAUUGUUUCAAUAGGAAAAAAGAUAAAAUCUGUAAUGAUUCCUGCUGAGCCUCCUG